AUUCAACGAUAUUAAUCAAUUGACCAAUUCUUUUGAGCGGCAUUUAUACUGGUACCUAGCGCCAUCGUGUCUACAAUGUAUUCUCCAACUCUUCGCUCCUUGUACCGCCGCUUCCUUCGCGAGCUUCCCGCGCGGUCGCCCACCACUACCAUCCUCUCCGACCCAUCGCCGCUGCAGUACCGCAUCCGCGCCUCGUUUUCCAGUCCGUCCAUCGCGGCCGAGCCCAAUAAUGAGGUGCCAUCCGGUGCUGCGGAGGCAGAUCAGUUCGUCCAGUAUCUCACAGCUCAGAGGCAGUACACGACGCUGGUCGAGCGGUAUAAUCCGGGGGCGAGCAUGAGCGAGGAGGAGAAGGUACGGUUGACGGCGAGGAGAGUGGGAAUGGAGCUUCCGAAGGAUGUGAUGGGGGAUAAGCUAUAAUCGGGCAAGAGAUGUUGGAUCCUGUGGAGGAGGAGCACUUUUACCUCCUUCGUUGGGAGUAGGACUUGCUUCUCGUCCACUUUCUGUCGAACGGUAAGGUAGUGGUCGUUUUCCAACAGGAUCCGG